AAAACGUUUUAUUGUGGUGUGAAGCUCUAGGUAGUGGGUUUGAAUUAAACUGGCUAAUUUAACUUGUUAGCUCGCUAGCUUGCCAGAGUUGAUGUGAGUAAAACGUAAAACAAAAUGUGGCAACAGCAGGGACGGCUCAUAACAAAUCCGUAUUUGUUUCGUUGCAGGAAUAAUGGGGGAAUUUAAAGUGCACAGAGUUCGGUUCUUUGACUACAUGCCCAGCGGUAUUAGGGCCAUAGCUUUCAACCGGCAAACAGAGCGGAUAGCUGUUGCCAGGGUUGACGGCUCGGUGGAGAUCUUUACUAUAUUAUACAACUUAUUUCAAGAAAAGGUCAUUCCGGGAAAAGAACAGAGAAGUAUUGAAGCACUGUGCUGGGUUGGAGAGAGACUGUUUAGUGUCGGCCUGAGUGGAGAAAUAAUCGAGUUUGACCUGCACAACUUGAGACCCAGAUUCACCAUAGAUGCGUAUGGUGGACCUAUCUGGACCAUAACUGCCAAUCCUCAAGGAACGCAUCUCGCGGUGGGAUGUGAGGAUGGCACAGUGAAGCUGUUUGAGAUUCUGGAGGACAAAAUCCAAUUUGAGCGGAACUUGGACAGAAAGAAAGGGCGCAUCCUGUCACUCUCAUGGCAUCCGUCAGGCACUAAGAUUGCUGCUGGGAUGAUGGACAUGAUCCGUGUGUUUGACGUCAAGACUGGUCAUGCCAUCCACAGGCUGCUGGUUGACAAGGCGGCUGGUGCCCCGCGGGACCAGGAGUGCGUGGUGUGGAGUGUGGUCUACCUGUCGAAUGACACAGUGAUCAGCGGCGACUCCUCCGGCAAGGUGAAGGUGUGGGACGCACUCACAGGCACACUCAUCAAGAACCACGACGUCACCAAGUGGGACGUGCUAGCGCUCUCUCUAUCACAGGAUGAGACCAGUCUUGUUGCUGGAACAUCAGAAGGAACCGUGGUCCAGUUCCAGUUCCUGUCAUCUGUUUUGGGGAAGGAGGACAAGGAGUGGGUCAGAACUCGAACCUUCAAGAACCACACUCAUGACGUCAGGGCGCUGGCAGAAAUGGACACUGCCAUCAUAUCAGGAGGUUUGGACACGCAGCUGGUAGUGAGGCCUCUCCUAGAGAAGCAUGACGUCAAGUCUCAGGCCUCAGCGCUGCGCAAAGCCCAGUUUCCACACCGGCGGUUGGUGUCUUGUGCUAAGAAGGCUCAACUCCUCCUCUUCCAGUAUCCCUCCCAUCUGGAGCUGUGGAGGCUAGGAGAGGGUGAAGAAGAGGGAACGCCAGGUGAGAAAGUGCCCGUCCGGAGGAUCCCAGAGAAACUCCUUCAGUUGAAGGCCAAGGGAGAGGAGCAUAUCUUUUGCAGCGCCGUGUCACCAUGUGGAGAAUGGCUGGUCUACUCUACCACGUCCAGCUUGCGCCUGUACAAGCUCCAGUAUGAGAACAACAACAUUAGCAUCACCAAGGUGUCUAAGCUCCCAAAGGUUCUGCGCUGGGCCCACCAGCUGUGCUUCUCUGCCGACUCCUCCCAGCUGUUUGCCGCCUCGGGACGCUCCUCGGUGCACAUGGUCUCCCUCAACCCAGAGGGCUGCAAACACAAACACACCUUCAAGCCCAAGAACGGCUCAACACAGCCCAUCCAUCUCCUCACAGUCAGUGAAAAUGGCCUCUGGCUCGCCACAGCCAACAGUGACUGCGAAGUCCAUAUUUACAGCCUGUCUACACUCAAGAGUCACUGCACAGUGCCUGUGUACAGGUCAGGGGUCAGCGCCAUGGCGAUCCACCCAACCAAAAACAACCUGUUUAUAGCGCACGCAGACCAACAGGUGUUUGAGUUCUCCAUUGAGCUGGAGCAGUACACCGACUGGAGCAGGAAGGUGCAGAGGGAGGGGCUGCAUUUGAAAUGGCUGGAGAGGGACACGCCCAUCAUGAAUGUGACCUUUAACCCCCGGAACCCCGACCACAUCAUCCUGCAUGACAUGUACAUGUUCUGUGUUCUUGACCAAAGCUUGCCCCUUCCAGAUAAGAAGAGCCAGUUCUUCAACCAGCUCACCCUGAAGAGCCUCCCUGAGCAGGAGAGAAAGACGCGCUGCCACGCCUUCAAAGUCUGCAAACUCUUCCAGCCCCUGAUGUGUGUUGACGUGCUGGAGGAUCACUCCCUGGUGGUGGUAGAGCGCUCCCUGCUGGACAUCGUGGCUAAACUCCCUGCCCCUGUCAAACAGAAGAAGUUUGCCACAUAAGAUUGUGUGUGUGUGUGUGUGUGUGUGUGUGUGUGUGUGUGUGUGUGUGUGUGUGUGUGUGUGUGUGUGUGUGUGUGUGUUUGUUUGAGUGUGGAUGAGUGUGUGGGGGUGAAUGUCCUUUUGUGUGAGUUUUGGUGUGUGGUUGACUGCUCUGUUGUGCUUUGUAAUGAGUUUUACAUAGUAUACAGUAAUAAAUUACAUAUUUACUGUAAAA